AUGAUUAUAAGGGCCUCUGAGGAUGAAGAAUGGCCCAAGAUGCAGAACUCGUCCCGAUUGACGGACGUUGCUUGCCAGAUGGGCGCAAUUCACAAGUUUGAUCUUACAUCCGAUGUCACUCAUCUUAUAGUCGGUGACAUAAACACCCCGAAAUAUAAAUAUGUGGCCAAAAUGCGAACGGAUGUCAAAGUCAUUAGAGCCGAGUGGGUAGAGGCUGUUAGGUCAUCAUGGAUACAGGGCGGUGACACCGAUAUCCAUGCCCUUGAGGCUGAAUACAAACUUCCCACUUUCUUUGGGCUUUCAAUUUGUAUCACUGGGUUUGAGGAUUUGGACUUUAGGAGUCACCUUGAGGAAACCGUCUGUGCACACGGUGCUGAGUUUCGGAGGGAUUUGACGAAGGCCGUCACCCAUCUAAUCGCAUUUGCAUGUGAAGGCAACAAGUAUCAGUUUGCCAUUCAGUGGGGAAUAAAGGUCGUGAGCCUUAAAUGGCUUGAGGAUAGCAUUGAACGCUCUAUGGCGCUCGAUGAAACCCUCUAUGACCCUCUCCUUCCAAUUGAAAAGCAAGGCAUUGGCGCAUGGAAUCGUUCUAAACCUACUGCUGUUGAGAGAAUGGCGAAGCCUCAGGACAUCCUUCCUCCUCGUCUUCCCCCGCGUACUAGAAAGUUACGCAAGGUUGCGAGUCUCAAGCUAGGUGGUCAGACUGAAGGUAUAUGGUCUGCCAUUGUACCAAAUCCUUCUACCACUGCCGAGAGCAAUGAUAAUUCUCAAUAUGACGGAAGUCAGCAUUUGACAGCAGCUUCACACCAAAAUUUGCUAGAUACCAAGUCGUUUGCAAGUGAAACUACAGUCCCUGGCCGGCGUGAUAGUGUAUCUCGUGAGAGCAAAUCACUAGCUGCUGAAGCUAAAGAAGCACCAUCGAAGGGAUUUUGGGACAACUGUAGGUUUUAUAUAACUGGCUUUACGACAGAACAGACACAGAUACUGGAAAUCCACCUUAUUGCGCAAGAUGCUCGCAUUUCACCAUCACUGGAUGACCUUUUGAAGCAUAAUAAUCAAUUAUUUAUGGUUGUUCCGUAUGAUCUACCCCGGCGAGAGAUUCCAAGAAUUGAUGAAGAAUUGGACGAACUUGAAAUCGUUACGGAUAUGUGGGUUGAGCGAUGCCUACGCAGCCAGGCAUUUGUAGCCCCAGAGGCUCACAUAACCAGUACUCCUUUUCCAAGAUUUCCUAUCCCAGGGGCGACAUAUGAUGAAUAUCUCACAGCUAAUGCUUCAGUACUCAUCUGUAACACGUCGACACCCAGCCCAGAAAAGCUGAGGCAUGUAUUUGAAUGGAAUAUACCCCCUGUGAUUGCGGACUGGUUAUGGAUAUCCGUGCAAACAGGAGAAAAGAAACCAUAUCAACCAUACUUGAUUCCCAAUAAGCGUUCAAUGUCCCAAGAAGCGCAGAGGUUAACGGCAGAAGAAGUGCAAACAGCCCCUCUGGGCCACUACCCUAUAGACCAGGAAUGCACUCAAGUGUUGCAGAACGGGGGUAGAGAUGGCAAUGAGUCCGAAGCAGAUGAUAUGGAAACCCAGCCUACAGCUCCCCAAGCAAAAGCCUCCAUAACCGUCCCGCCGAAGCCUUCCCGCUCUCCAUCUCCCCUGAAAGAAACAAACCAGCUUAUUCCCGCAGCUUCUCCUGCCCCUCUUCCGGCGGAGGAUUCAACGCCUAAGCCAAUGGCUAAUUCAGAGACAAAAAUAUCUCUCAAUACCGCAAUAAGUGAACUCCUAAAGCAGAAAAGACUACGAACCCAAAACUCUACCGGCGAUACAGAUGUCCCUGUGCGUUCUCAAAGACGACGCAAGCUAUUAGGUAGAGCCAGCUCGUCCUGCUCUGCCCUGACUACGACAGAGGCGCAGCGAGGUCUAUCCCGAGCAAGUUCGAUAGACACGUUGAACGAAGAUGGUUAUGGUAGUGUAAUCGAUGGCCUUGAUAGCCCUUCAACAAAAGCGCCGAGCUUCGUUUCGCUAGCCCCUCAUAAAGGCGAAAUUACUCAUCCUGAACAAAUGGAGGCACAACAAAUGUUACAGCGAAGACUGGCUCUAUUUCAGAGUAACUCUGCCAAUGGCGAGUUUGCAGAGAAAGCUGCCGGCGAAGAUGAGCCUCUACCUUUGACUCAACUCGAGUAUGAUGAUCCAGACGCGGUAGCAAUGCGUGAGAUGAUCAGCAAUCAGAGCCCGAGGAACAAUGAGGUGGACGAAGGAACUGGACCUGGAAGUUCACGGGCAGGUCGGAAACUAAUUAUUGGUAAACUACAGGACGGUCGAGGAGGGAGGAAGACGAGAUCUCGUAAAUCAGAGGGCUGGUAG